AUGGUUCACUUGGCGCUUCAUUGGAAGCUCCGCUGUAUUCAGGACUCGUCUGCCAGCGAAGACGAAAACACGCCGCCCAAAAUGUUGCGUGAGAACACGACUCAGGACAAGAUCACCAGCAAAAAGAGCUGUGGGGACAAGAGUAGCGACGACUCAAGCUCUACUGGGACUGCCACACCUCCGUGGAUGUCGCCGGGCUUCACGAAGUUUGGAUACUUGAAGGCCGUCUCGAAUCAACCGCCAGCAUCGCAGUCUUCGACGGAAACGGAGGAUUCCCCGCUGCGGCGAUCUCGACUGGUGGCAAGUCACACCGCUUCUUCCUCCGCACAGAGCGCCGUCGAGUACGUCGUGAAGCCGCCGUUCCAUACGCACGGACCCGUACUGUCGGCGGUCCAGAUAGUCGGCCGGCUACCAACCCUCGUGGUUUCAUUCUUCCUGGAAAUGCGGAGACCGGUCGACCAAGGCUGCGCUCGACUCGUUCCAACGACACCUUUGUGUUGGCACGCUGGCUCCACCAAGUCGCGCAUCUCCGGGAACAAUUCAACCCGCUAG